CCGGCCUGUGAAGUGGUCGCGUUUUCUCAAAAAAACAUGAUUCUUUUACUUUUAAAACUAUUACUAGUGACCGCGGUUUGUUGUGCCCCGGGAAAAGGAACUGACCUUGAUUUGCCACCGGUGGCCUCCGAACGACUUCUCCAGGGCUGGAUUGGGCCGGAAGCGUUGCUGGUCCGGUUGGAUAAACUGCUGGAUGUGUGCAUUGCCAAUUACGAGGAUUUAAGUACGGAUUUAUUGCUUGGAGUGGCGAUUGCCAACGGUCAAGUGAAAUCGAUCCUUUCAACUUCUAAUCCAAAGAACCGAGCCUUCAUCGAAUCUCUCCAACGAAAGUGUGACUACGUCGAGAGCCGAAUUGAUAGCAUUUUCACAUUCCCCAGCGCUGCCAACGCAAUUGUCAGCAAACUCCUCAUCAACUCCAACUUUUGGCAAAGCUUCGACGACGAGGACGACAUUCCGCUCAGAUUGCCCGAACCAGAAGCGAUGAAUCACCGCCGUCCGCAUGGCCGUCAUCCCCCGUCGACACUUCGAGAUUACCUGCGCCUGCUGGAAGUUGGAGCACCCAGCGAGGAACAAUCAGAUAUGUGCCUAUCGGAGCUGCUGGUAAAUGAUUCGGAAAAUGAGUUCAAUGCAAGCUUAUCACGUGCUGGCAAGGAACCGCCCAUCUUUAAGCCACUUUUGCUCAGCCAGGGUUGCAGUGCUGCGAUGUCGAUGCGAAAAAAGUCCUUCGGUUAUCAUCUGACCCACAAACUCCUGUUUUAUCUGAUCCUGGGCAAGCAGCGAUUCUCCAACAUUGAAGAAGAUUACGUCGCGAACGCCAAAGGACGGCUUUGCCAGGAAAUCCUCCGGGAGUCGCGUCUAAUCGCCGAACUAAACUUUCCCGAGAUGUUCCGCGACCUGUUCAUGGAGCAGGUUUUCCUCUGUUCGUACGCUGGGUUUGUUGAGUUUCGGAAUCAAAGUUGGAUCAGUGAAGUUGUGGGCUGGCAGAACGCCAACGGAUGCUUCAAGUAUUACUACCAGGAUGGAGUGGAGCAGUACGAUGGAGACAGUGCGAUUAGGGCGGUCUGUUCGACGCACAUGAGUGGAGUGGGGGCAGCGUUGCUGGGGUUGUUUGCAAAGUUGCAGUUUUAAACAAUUUCAAAGCAAUCCAACAAGUCAAGUGAAGUGACUAAAGGCUCGUUGUGUGUUAUAAAAUAUCCUGUGCUGUAUUAAAUAAAGUUUCUGUUCAGCAUUCAUUAAAACAAAAAAUCAAAAAUGGUAUAGAAACUAACGUGAACAAUACUACCGUCCUAUCAUCAUCAUUAA